GUAGUUCAAAUGUGUGACUGACUUAUGACAUUUGAUAGGUGACGGUGUCACAACAUUACAGUCUAAAGUCACACAUUUAUCGAAAUAUUAAAAAAAAUAAUACAUUCUAUUUUAAAAUGAGUAGUUCAAAUGUACUACUAGUGAGAUUUAACCAUUAACAUGUGCUAACCUUAAAACAAAUUCAAAUAAAAAUUUUAAAUUACAAUGAAUUUGUUGCCAAAAUCGCACGAAGAGUUCAGUCAGAAGGAAUACUGGGACACAUUUUUUAAAAAACGGGGUUCUAAGGCAUUUGAAUGGUAUGGUGAAUAUCCGGAAUUGUCGGGCCAUUUACAUAAGUAUAUCAAAAAACAGGAUGAUAUUCUUAUCACUGGUUGCGGAAACUCGACUUUAGGGCGCGAUUUGUACGAUAUUGGUUACAAUAAUGUUACAAAUAUAGAUAUAUCACAGGUUGUGAUCCGACAAAUGUUGUCCCAGAAUGAAAAAGAGCGCCCCAAUUUGAAAUACUUGCAAAUGGACGCUUUAGACAUGUCUUUCAACGACGAAUCUUUUAGUGUAGUGUUAGAUAAAGGAACCUUGGACGCUUUAAUGCCCGACGACUGCCCCGAAACCGUGGCCAAAAUCACGAAAUACUUCGACGAAAUCCAAAGAGUUCUAAAACUGGCAGGUCGCUAUAUCUGUGUCUCACUUCUGCAAGAACACAUCUUAAAAAUGUUACUAAAUUAUUUUCCCACGAAUAACUGGAUGUUUCGCAUUGUUCGUUGUUUUGAAGCUGAAGCGAAAACGUCCGAAAAUGGGGAAAAUACGAUGCCCGUCUUUCUCGUAAUUUGCACGAAAUUUAAAAUUUUGCCGCGAAAAAUUCUAGAGGUAAAUCUCACUUCAAGCGAAAAAAUGGAACGGUUGGAGGCGAUUGACGAAAUCGCGAGACAAAUAGCGAGUGUGCAGCAGGCCGCUUUUGUGUGUUCAGGGCUCAAAAGGUCUUCAAUUGAAGGAGGCGAAGUCUCGCUUGAUUUAUGCCGGCCGGGGGAUCCCCGCCCCAGAUUCACAGUUCACGUGGUUGAAACUACAUCCAGUGCGAGAAAUUCGCAAUAUGCGGCUUUUAUUGUGCCACAAGGACGUGAGGCUGAAUGGCUCUUUUCGACAAAAUCAGGUCGCCAACAUUUGGCCAAAGUCACCAAAACUAAUCGAUUGGCAAUCGUGACGAUGCACCGGGGGCACGACUACGGCAAUUUCGAACAGGUCCAAGCCGAACUAGGGGACGCGGUUUGCAGUUUCGCCCCUGCUGAUUUAAAAAACCCCAAAAUCCCCUACCUAUCUCUAGGUGCAGACGUGGGCUCAAGAACGGUGAAACACGAAGGUUUGUCGCAAUUCUCCGGUUCCUACAUCGUCGAAGACGUCGCAGUCGACCAAAAUAAGUUUCGACGCCUAUUCUACUUAAGUUCGCAACUAGUCAUCCAAUCCGAAGCCAAACUGAAAACUAUCAAAACUAGAAAGGGACCGAAAGAAAUUGUCGAUUUAGCUCACCUGACGUGCAAACACCAUAUUUACAUGAGUGUGGCCACGAGUAUGGCUUGUAUGGACAAGGAGAAGGGUAGCGUUGUGGUUGUGGGGUUAGGUGGGGGCGGCUUGUGCUCAUUCCUCGGUAAAUUCUUACCCCAAAUUCGGGUAUCGGCCGUCGACAUUGACCCAGAGAUGCUUGAAGUGGCCACGAAAUGGUUUGGUCUUAGUCAGAAUGAACGAUUGCAAGUGAUUAUCCAGGAUGGUAUCAAAUAUUUAGAGGAAAUGACCGCUAAAAAUCAAAAAUCUGAUGCGAUUUUGUUCGAUGUUGAUAGUAAAGAUAGCACAAUUGGUAUGAGUUGUCCCCCAAGACAGUUUCUGGAAGAAGCUGUCCUGGAAAACGUGGCCAAAAUAAUUGGUGUUUCAGGGUUUUUUAUCUUAAAUUUGGUGUUGCGUGAGGCGAAUCUAAGACCGGCUAUUGUGGAAACGUUAAGUGGGAAGUUCCAAACCGUGGUUUCUUAUAGACUAGCUGAGGAUUUAAAUGAGAUUUUUGUUUGUGCAAAAGUGAAACUCGAUGAAGAGCUUGUUAAGAAAAAAUUGGGAGACGCUUCGAGAGAUAUAAAUAUUUUUUUUAAGAAGAAUCACUCAAACUGUGAUGAUUUUGUUGAAAUUAAUGAGUAUUUAAAUAAUUUAAAAAUCUCAUAAUAAUAAACAUCGGGUUUGUGCACAGUAAAACUCCUUCUACCUUGUAGAUCUCUAUUGACAGGCAAUGCAAAGUAAAAUUUACAAAUAUACAACAUUCUACGACGUCGAUUUAAAAAAUAAAUUUUAUCACAGGCCUUAAAAAGGAAU